AUGUUGUCUAAGCCUAUUCUACAUAGUAGAAUUGGGAAAUGGGCACUGGCGUUGACAAUUUUUUCUCUAACUUUCAAGCCUUUAAAAGCCAUGAAAGGCCAGAUCAUGGUGGAUUUUAUAGUGGAUCAUGCCAUGGUCGAAUUAUCCCUGAAUGUGGUCGACACCACACCAUGGCGUCUAUAUUUAGAUGGUUCGAGUCAGAAAAACGGAACAGGAGUCAGGGUUUUGAUAUUAUCCCCCCAGGUAGGUCCGACGAAGUUUAAGUAUAUGAUCAACGAGAAGUGUUCCAAUAACAAAUCCGAAUACGAGGCCUUAAUAGUCGGCCUUCAGCUGUUGAAAGAGUUAGGAGCCAUUCGAAUUGAGGUGAGGGGAGACUCGGAGUUGAUAAUAAAGCAAGUCAUGCGUGAAUAUAAGUGCAUCAAGAGGAGUUUAUUGAAAUACUUUGUGACUUCAACACGGCUACUAGAACACUUCGAAGUUGCAGACAUAAGACAUUUGCCCAAGAACGAGAACCAAGAGGCCAACGAGCUGGCCCAAGUCGCUUCAGGGUAUAAGAUGUCUAAGUCGAGCUUACAAGAUAUGAUCGAGGUUCGAGGAAAAAUGGUGUCAAGUACGCUCCCAAUAGAGGAUGUCCUCGACGAGAACGUCGGUCGUGAUACAGAGCCCGAGGAAGAGUGUCAAGAAACCCGUGGAGUCGAAGAGGCAUGUGAACAUGAAGUGUUUUCUAUCAAUAGUUCAUCACCGACAGAUUGGAGAAAGCCGAUCAUCGACUACUUGGAGAAUCCAGUCGGAAGUACUGACAGAAAAACCAAAUAUAGGGCUUUGAGCUACGUGUGGUCAAGCAACGAAUUGCUAAAAAAGACACCAUAA